AUGAUUUCCCGUUUUGAGUCUUUCCUUGACCAAAACUUUCCCAAUUGGAAAUCUUUAUCCGAUGAUAUUCUCAACCAAAUUCUGGAUGAUUUUGUCGGAAGUAUUCAUCUACGAAUUCGGCAUCGUCGCUGUACCAUUUAUGGAGUUCCACAGAUUUCAAGAAACCCCAAACACGAGUAUUGGUGGUCAAACGGUCAUUUAGUGAGUAUAGCCAGCUACUUAAAACGAGAAUGGGCAGUCCAAUCCAACCACCCAUCAGGGCCAUAUGUUUAUAUCAAAAAAGAUGAAAACAGUUUGUAUCCAAUCGAUUUGGUUCAUCACAUUGAGGCAGAGACAGAUGAAGAAAUUCAAGAACGACAACAGUUGGAAAAGAAGGAGAGAUGGGAUGCAUUGAUAUCUGUGUCAAAACAAAUUACCGUUCUAGGAAGAAAACAUGGAUAUGUUAAAGAUUUAAACUUCAAGAAUGAACUCUCUAAAAAAGUUGAAAAAUUAGCUCGGCGAAUGAUUGGAAUCACCCUCAACACUUAA